AGCUUUCCUUUCGGAUGACAGACGAUUUUUCGAUAGUGGAAACAGUGAGUUUGGUGUUUUGUGUUUUAAAGGAUUUAUUGUUUAUUCCUCAUAUACAAAAUGGAGUGUUCGAUUGGAAUUCAAUUUAAGGAUUUUGUACUUGUUGCUGCAGACAUGACAAAUACAAUGUCUAUACUUGUAUUAAAAAGCGACGAGAAGAAAAUCUACAAGAUUUCGGAAAAGGUUAUAAUGGCAGUCUCUGGAGAAGCUGGAGAUUCGGUUCAAUUUUCCGAGUACAUUAGUAAAAAUAUGCAACUUUAUAAAAUGCGAAAUGGAUACGAAUUAUCGCCAAAAGCCGUAGCCAGUUACACUCGUAGAAAUCUUGCGGAUUAUUUGAGAUCUCGCACGCCAUACAACGUAAAUCUUUUGCUGGCUGGCCAUGACGAUGAAACUGGUCCCGAACUUUAUUUCAUAGAUUAUUUAGCAGCCUGCGUAAAAGUUCCUUAUGCUUCACACGGUUAUGGUGGAUUCUUCUCUCUCACCAUUCUCGACAGGCUCUACGAUCCUUCGAUGUCAGAAGCUGAAGCCUAUGAACUAAUGAAAACAUGUGUUCGUGAAAUUCACAAGCGAUUAAUUGUGAAUCUACCAAAUUUUAAAGUACAAAAGGUAUCAAAGGAUGGAAUCACGGAAUUGGCACCAAUAAUGGCACAGAAUCUAGCAGUCGAGAAUGCAGCGAAAGCUUAAUUAAUAAAACUCUCAAUAUUUUCUACAUAAAAAAAAGAAAACAAUUGUUUUUAUUAUUAUAUAAUUUCAAUAAAAAUAAGGAAUUUGGAA